AUGAAAGAGGAAAUUAUAAAGGCUAUGAAGAAGUUUCACUAUACCCCGGAUGCUGUUGGUUUGAAUUAUGAAGAUCUGUGUAUCCAUCCAGAUCUGGAUCUUCCGGAAGGGUUUAAAAUUCCUAAAUUUGAUACUUUCAGUGGAAUCGGGAAUCCUUUAGCUCAUUUGAGAGCAUAUUGUGAUCAACUCGUAGGAGUUGGGAAGAACGAGGCAUUAUUAAUGCGACUCUUUAGCCGAAGAUUAAGCGGAGAGGCCUUGGAAUGGUUUAGUUCCCAAGAGAUGAAACAAUGGCCAAAUUGGAAUGCUUUGGCUAAAGAUUUCAUCGAAAGAUUUGCUUACAAUGUGGAGAAUGUGGAGAUCGUUCCUGAUCGUUAUUCUUUGGAGAUAAUUAAACAAAAGUCUACUAAAAAUUAUCGAGAGUACGCCUAUCGUUGGAGGAAAGAGGCUGCCAGAGUGAGACCUCUCAUGACUGAAAAAGAGAUUAUUGAAGUCUUUGUACGCAAUCAAGAGCCUGAAUACUAUGACAGGCCGUUGUUGCUCGUAGGAGCAAAAUUUGCAGAGGUGGUCAAAAUUAAAGAGACCAUCGAAGACGGUCUUAAGACCGGAAGGAUUACCUGUGUGGCCAUCCAAGCUGGGUCUUCAGGUUUGUUCAAAAAGAAAAAAGAAGAUGUGUCCUUUAUUUCCCAUGUGCCUGAAAGAAGGACAGCGAGAUCAUCCUAUUUUAGCUCCAGAAAAACCUCACCCUCCGAAAUCUAUCCCCCAUCUCCACAAAAUUCCUACCCAAUCUUUUAUGUCCAACCGAGUUACCAAACCCCGCCUCCUAAAUACUUACCUCCGCACUAUCAAAAUACUACUUGUGGCUACCAAACUCCACAACGCCCAAAUUUCCGAACUCCCGCACCUUUCCUCCAAAAUCGUCCUAAUUAUCGUGAUGUACCCCCACCCCCACAAAAUAACUACCAUCUUACCCAACCCAAUUUUGAAAAUAGGCCUGCUAGGAUUUUUACUCCUCUAGUGGAAAGUCGGACUAAGCUGUUCGAAAGACUGAGAGAUGCAGGCAUUAUUCAUCUCAUUGCGCCUAAAUCAGCUGAUACAAGCUCUAGAUUCUUCAGAGAUGACCAAAUAUGUGCAUAUCAUUCGAAUAGUGUAGGGCAUGAUACUGAAACUUAUGUCAAUUUAAGGCACAAAAUUCAGGAUUUGAUUGAUCGCGAGGUCGUCACUCUCCAAACCGCCACUCCCAAUGUUAAUAAUAACCCCCUGCCGAAUUAUGAAGGGGUGAAUAUUAACAUGAUUGAAGUUGGAAAAGAUUGGAAUGCCGAUAGCCCAGACAAAUCUAACUCUUAA